AUGAAGGAGAAAGAGGAGGAGAAGAAGCGCAAGGAGGAAGAAGUUCGUGAGGCCGUGAAGCGACGCCAGGAGUUGUGGGGCAUGAAGGAUCGGGUGAGACGGGAGGAGCAGGAGCAGGAGCAGGAGCAGGAGGCGCUAAUGCUGAUGCUGAUGUGGUUCAUUGUGCAGGUGCUGAAUGCUCUAGCGAAAGGAGAGGAGGAGAGGAGGAGAGAGAAUCAGAAGAGAGAGGAGGAGAUGAAGAUGGAGCGAAGAGAUUUCAAGAACAAGACGAAGGAGCACCAGGAGAGACUGAAAGGUUUCUACCAGAACGCCAACGAGCGAAGCUUGCUCAUGCACUCAGUUGCUCGAAGAUUGAAGCAGGAAGUGACCAAGAAGAAGCAAGAGACAAAGUUCCGCAGCGUCCCCGUGCCGCACGCCAUGAUGGACAUGGAGCUGAGGAGGAUGCAGCAGCAGGAGGAGGAGCGCAACUACCGCAAGAAGGACCGCAAGGAGAAGAUCCUCAGCCAGUCCUCGCUCCCUCCUCGAAUGCAGAAGUACCAGGAGGAGUUCGGGAACCGCGGAGCUGGGAGGAGGGGAGGAGCGGAGGGUAUCACAGCAGAGCACACGUUCCGUCCCGCCCCCCCCAAGAUCGUCCCUGACUUCAAGAGCAUGCAGAAGGCCUUUGAGGACGAGCUCGCGGAGUACAAGAGUCGCAACCUUUCGUCAAUGAAGAAGAGCGAGCUCAAACCUUUCUUCCUCCGCAGCGAGUGGGUCAAAUUUGAAGCCUUUGCGAAAUUCCGUGAAAAUAUGAGGUGA